AUGGAAAAGUCUGGGGAAAAGGCAGCCCAUGAUUCCUUGGGCCUGCCCAAUAACCUCAGGGCACCAGCGCCUGCAAAUGCCGAAUAUGACAUGUCGACACCCGAGGGAUCUGUGAAUGAAAAGUCGCACCGGUCUUCAAAGGAAUGGGCAGAUGAACCUUCUGAAUCCCGCCAGGUCGACGGCGAAGAAGUCGGAGAGGGAUCGGACGCCGAGCCUCAAACGUCUGCCACCGCACCACGAGCGGCAUCGCGUGCGUCUUCGGCGAGGUCGAGGGCGCUCAGCGUGGUCCCUACGAGCAGACGGCGCGGUCUGUUUUCACGUUUUGCCGUCUUUGUCCCCGAGGUCUAUCGGCCGUUCGACUACUCGGCAAAGACCAAGUGGACAAUCACGUUUAUUGUUGCCCUGGCUGGCUCGGCAGCCCCCAUGGGUUCUGGUAUACUUUACCCUGUACUUUCAGAUGUUGCGGUUGAUCUCAAGACGUCACCGACCAUCGCAAACUUGACAGUCGCGGUAUAUGCUCUUGCUAUGGCUAUUUUCCCAAUAUGGUGGUCAUCUUUUUCAGAGACUUUUGGUCGUCGGACUGUAUACAUCGUCUCCUUUGGUCUCGGUAUAGUAUUUUCAAUACUGAGCGCCGUCAGCACCAACAUCGCAAUGCUUAUUGUGAUGCGGGUGCUCGGUGGAGGCGCCUCAGCGUCGGUCCAGGCCGUGGGGGCUGGUACGAUCUCCGACAUCUGGGAGGUCCGGGAGAGAGGAAAGGCUAUGGGAAUGUUUUAUCUCGGUCCACUGAUGGGUCCUCUGCUUGCUCCCAUCGUCGGAGGUGCCCUUGCGCAGAAAUGGAACUGGAGAAGUACCAUGUGGUUCGUGACAAUACAUGCGGGGCUUGUGUUUCUCAUGCUCCUCUUUUGCCUGCCUGAGACCCUCAGAAGGAAAGAAUCCGAGCAGCUACCCAGGACGGUCGACGACGACACCACAGGAGACCAGCCGCAGCUCGCCCGUGCGACGACGCGACAGUCGAUCGCAAAGAGCACCAAGAACUCGGUCAAGUCGUUCAAGCGCUAUGUCAUCGACCCGCUAAAGGUGCUAGGGACCCUCCGGUUUCUCCCCAUCGCCGUCACGGUCUUUAUCGCAGCGAUCACGUUUGGCUCGCUGUUCAUGUUGAACAUAUCGACGCAGUCAUCCUACUCCAAAGCGCCGUACGCCUUCUCGACGCUCAUAGUCGGCCUCCUGUACAUCCCCAGCUCGCUGGGCUACGUCGUGAGCUCCAUAUUCGGCGGGCGUUGGAUCGACCACAUAAUGGCGCGGGAGGCCCGCAAGGCGGAGCGGUACGACGCGGACGGCAGGCUCGUGUACCUGCCCGAAGACCGCAUGUGCGAGAACGCGUGGCUGGCGGCGUCGGUCUACCCCAGCGCGCUCAUCAUGUUCGGCUGGACCAUCGACAAGGGCCUGCACUGGGCGGUGCCGAGCGUCGCCAGUCUGCUGUUCGGCCUGAGCAGCAUGCUGAUCUUCUCGGCCGCGACCACCAUGCUGACCGAGUUCAUGCCGUCCAAGUCUUCGAGCGGAAUCGCCGUCAACAACUUUGUCAGAAACAUCUUUUCCUGCGUGGGAACCGUCAUCACGCAGCCGCUCAUCGACGCAAUGGGAGUCGGAUGGCUUUGCACCCUGGUCGGGCUCUUGGCUCUGGUGUUGAGUUUGGGUAGUGUGUAUUCGCUCAAGAGAUUUGGGCCUAAAUGGAGAAAGGAGAUGGACCGGAAGCUGGCCAUAUGA